AUGUACGCAAAGCCGCUGGGCUACAGGUUCGAGAAAUCCCUCUACGACCUCAUCCGAGGCUUGCGGAAUCACAAGGGCCACGAGAAGGAAUACAUCCAGAAUUGCCUGAAAGAAUGCCGCGCAGAGAUCCGCGGCCAGGACAUGGACAUCAAGGCCACCGCCUUGCUCAAGCUUAUAUACCUCGAGAUGAUGGGUCACGACAUGUCCUGGGCCUCCUUCAACGUCCUUGAGGUCAUGUCCUCUCCCAAGCACCACCAGAAGCGUAUUGGAUACCUAGGCGCAGUCCAGAGCUACCGUCCAGACACCGAGGUCCUCAUGUUGGCCACGAAUCUCUUGAAGAAGGACCUCACCUCCGGUACCACAAAUACGAUAUCCCUACCGAUACACGCCUUGCCUCACUUCAUUACGCCGUCGUUGGCGCUCUCGACUCUGGCCGACCUUCUUCCGCGACUGACACACACGAAUCCCUCAAUAAGAAAGAAAACAAUAGUCACAUUGUACAGACUCGCCCUUGUAUACCCCGAAACUCUGAGGGCAGCAUGGCCGAAGAUCAAGGAACGUCUUAUGGCACAGGAUGAAGACCCGAGUGUCACGGCCGCCAUCGUCAAUGUCGUUUCCACGGCUGCCAUGUCAUUACUAUAUGAAUGUAUCAAUGGCAUCAUCCAAGGAGGCAUUCUUGGGAGCGACGACGAUGUUUCAGGUAGCGAGGAGAUCGCGUCACUGUGUGUUACCAAGCUUCGUGGGAUGAUAAUGGUUGAUGGAGACCCGAACCUCAAAUAUGUUGCUUUGCUUGCAUUCAACAAAAUCGUGGUCACACAUCCGUUCAUGGUAGCGCAACAGGAAGAUGUUAUCAUGGAGUGCAUAGACAACCCUGAUAUCACAAUACGCGUUCAGGCUCUGAAUCUAGUGCAGGGCAUGGUCAGCAGCGACAACCUGAUGUCCAUCGUCGGCCGGCUGAUGAGGCAAUUGAAAAGCUCCUCCUCGGCUGGCAGGUCAGCUGCUCAGAGACAGGAAGGCAAUUCUGAUUCGGACGCCGACGCGGAGGUCAACAUUGAUCUGGCAGAACACGAAAUCGACCAGGCGCCGCCGCUACCGGACGAUUACAAAGUCGACGUCAUUAAUAGGAUAUUGACAAUGUGCUCUCAUGACAAUUAUAGCAACCUCGUCGACUUCGAAUGGUACAUCGAUAUCUUGACGCAACUUGCACGGAUGGCUCCUGUUCCCGGGCCGUCAAAUGAGGCAGCGGACCAAGUUGCAACAAACUCCAAAUCGUCAUCUGGAGACGUUUCAGCAAAGAUCGGAGACGAAUUGAGAAGCGUGGCAGUGAAGGUGAUGGCCAUUCGACAAAUUGUAGUUGGCGCUGCCGAAUUGAUCCUGCGCCAACUUUGCAGUUCCUCCGCACAACCGAUUACGUCUGGAGCGUUGAGACCUGUGGCAUGGAUCGUGGGCGAGUAUUCCGACCAGCUGCUGUCGUCCGAAGAUACGCUAGGAUUUCUGCUGCAGCUGAUGCCACGCGCAAAGGACCCGGAUGUCCUUGCAUCUUGCCUUCAAGCAACUAUCAAGAUAUUCGCUCAAACCACAGGCAGUGAUUUGGAACUCUGGACCUCGGAACGAAAAGCAAAGACAUCACUGCUCCUGGCACGGAUAAUACACGUGCUGGAGCCUCUCGUGCUUCACCCGAACUUGGAAGUUCAGGAAAGAGCAGUUGAGUUCACGGAGCUGCUCAAACUGACCUCGGAGGCUGUGUCCGCGCAGGAUGCAUCCACAGACGAGGUUCAGCAAGACCCACCGCUCCUACUCACCCAGGCUAUCCCGUCUCUGUUCACCGGGUGGGAACUGAACUCUGUGGCGCCUGCUGCGCAGUCAAACGUCCCCCUGCCACAAGGUCUCGACCUAGACGAGCCGAUCCAUCCUCAUCUGGCCAAUCUCUUGUCAUUGGCAGACGACCUUCACCUCGGGGCGGAAGACGAGGAUGAAUUUGAAGUCUACUACCACCAAAAGCCACCGGCUGCAAACAUCUCGUCCAGUGAGCCGGCAAUCAACCGACUGGCCGAUACUCCUGAGGAAGUUGUUACUUCGUACCAGGCAAGCGAGGAGAGUUAUCUGGAUGCCGAUAUCCUAGCGAGACGAAAGGCCGAGCGCGCCGAGAGAAACAAGGACGACCCUUUCUACAUCGGCGAACCUUCUAGUCGCACCGGCACGUCGACCCCCAUACACAGCAUCUUGCAAAACGAGAACGGCCCCGACCUCGACAUUGACGCCAUACCUAUCAUGCAGCUUGACUUAGGUAGUGUCGAUAACGCACCCGCGCUAACAUCACCAAGACAAUUUGCGCCUAGGCCAAAGCCACGCCAGAGGAUUGUCGUUGCCCAAGACGAGAACCUUGGUGGCAGUGGCGUGUCUACACCGCGCAACUACGACUCGGAGGCCAACAACUCGGAUAGCCUAGCCAAGGCGCGUGUCAAGAAGAUUAAGCAGUCGCUCCUUCAAGUCGACUCAAGUAAUCUUGGGAGUCUGAGCCUCGAAGGUGGUGGUGAGGAUGGAGAGAACGCUGACGGUGGGUAUGACUUUGAAAGACAGAAGAGGGAGGAGGCGGAGAUGGUCCAAGCGAUGAAGGAAGUCGAGCGGUUGCGCCUAGAGAUGCAGAGGGCGAAUGAGAGGAUACAUGUGGCUCAAGGGGUGGAAGGAACGGUGGUCAAGAAGAAGAAGAAGGCGGCGAAGCCAAAAGCCGUCCCAGGUGAGGCGGGCGAGGCCGAUGAGGCCGUUGUGACCAGGGUCAAGAAGAAGAAGAAGAAGCCUGCUGUACCAGCCGAUGAGGGCGGUCAGAACGGAGAGGGCAACGGUGAGGCUGGAGAGGCCGUGGUGAAACCGAAGAAGAAGAAGAAACCUAAGCCGCCAGCCGAGAUACAGGAGGCUGCUUAG